GAGAGGUCUUAGAUAACGACACACACAUGCUUUCACCCUCACAUUCACUUCCUCUCCGCGAGCCAGUCCGGACAACAGCUUAUAAGCACCCAGCUAUCACGGGGCUGCUGCAAGGGUUUUUUUUUUUUUGCAACAAAUUCCUCCCCAUCCAUUUCCUUCUUAAGUCCAGUCCAAGCAGUCGAAGCGGCCCCAGCCCCGGGGGGCUGGCUCUAUCCAAAUUCCGGUUCUCUGUCCGCAGAGAGGCCUCUCGGACACGGCUGGAAGACCAUCUCCUGGGUAGCUGGCAGCAGCCCAGGAACCUGGGGCUCUUUGGAACACCUUUCGGGUUUACCCUCCUCGGUUUACCUCACCCUGCCCAAUCCCCGGCAGCCUUGAGGGCGUUGAGGGGACAGCAGAAGGCGGAGGAGGAGGAGCCCCGAGGGCAGCUUCCCACCGUGAAUUUUCCUGCACUUCAGCUACACACAACUGGCAUGGCUAUGCGGGUCAGCCAAGAAGACUUUGAAAAGGCAAAAGGGCAAGUGAGCCUCUUGAAGAAGGAUCCAGGAAAUGAAGUGAAAUUAAAACUCUACGCCCUGUUUAAACAGGCCACCCAGGGGCCGUGUACCACACCAAAGCCCAGUAUGCUUGACUUUGUCAACAAGGCCAAAUGGGAUGCGUGGAAUGCUCUUGGCAGUUUGCCUAAGGAUGCUGCCAGGCAGAAUUAUGUUGAUUUAGUUUCCAGUUUGGUUUCCUCUGAAUCCUCAAGCCAAAAGCAGACGACAUCUAACGAUAGAAAAUCUGAAUAUAAAACCCUGAUAGUCACCAGGGAUGACAAUAUUACAAAGAUCAUGUUAAACCGCCCUGCCCAGAAAAAUGCUAUUAAUAUUCAGAUGUAUAAAGAAAUUACACUAGCCCUUGAAGCUGCAGACAAGGAUGACUCGUUCUUAACCGUAAUCACAGGAAAUGGUGAUUAUUACUCUAGUGGGAAUGACUUAUCUGAACCUCUGAAGAUUCCACCAGAUGAAAUUCCAAAGAAACUUGAAGAAAACAUGAAGAUACUAAGGAUAUUUAUUGACCGUUUUAUAGAUUUCUCCAAGCCCCUUGUUGCACUGGUAAAUGGCCCAGCUGUAGGAAUCUCAGUUACACUUCUUGGGCUAUUUGACAUUGUAUAUGCAACUGACAGGGCCACAUUUCAUACGCCAUUUACUCAUCUGGGCCUGAGUCCGGAGGCAUGUUCUUCUUUUACCUUUCCAAAGAUAAUGGGUUCAUCCAAGGCAGCUGAGAUGCUUGUUUUUGGAAGGAAACUGACAGCCCAAGAAGCUUAUGCUCGAGGACUUGUUACUGAGGUUUUUCCUGAUAGCACUUUUCAGAAAGAAGUUUGGUCCAGAUUGAAUGCAUACUCACAACUGCCCCCAAUUUCUAUGAAGAAGUCAAAACAGUUAAUUCGAAGUGUAGAAAAAGAAACACUACACAGAGUGAAUUUGGAAGAAUGUAAUUUACUUCAAACACGAUGGACCUCUGAUGAAUGCCUGAAUGCCAUUGUUAACUUCAUAAAUAGAAAGUCGAAACUCUGAUUGUUUUGAAAAAGAAGAUCAAACAUUUCUGAAGCGCUGGUUAAUUUCUUCUUGUUUAAGAUACAUAAGCUAAACCCAGGGUGCCUUUUGCCAUUAUUAAACUACAGUUCUGAUGAUUCCA